AUGUUGAAGAGGGUGGUCGAUGCAGUUAAAGAGCUUGUACAAGACUGCAACUUCGACUGCAGCGAUACCGGCAUCUCGCUCCAAGCCAUGGACAACUCCCACGUAGCCCUCGUCUCCCUCAACCUCAAAGCCGAAGGCUUUUCCCCAUACCGCUGCGACCGCAACAUCGCCCUCGGAAUCAACCUUACUUCGCUCCAAAAGGUCCUUCGUGCUGCACAAGACAAUGAUAUCCUGACUCUCAAGGCGGAAGAUUCGCCCGACGUUGUCAACUUGGUGUUCGAAAACGCGCAGUCUGAUCGGUUGAGCGAGUACGACAUCAAGCUUACGGACAUUGAUCAGGAGCAUAUGGCCAUUCCGGAAACGGAGUACGCGGCUGUUGUGGAUAUGCCAGCUACAGAGUUUAGGCGGAUCUGCAUGGAUUUAGGAAAUUUGUCCGAAUCCGUCUUGAUUGAAGCCAGCAAGGAUGGCGUCAAGUUCUCCUGCCAGGGUGACAUUGGCAACGGCGCCGUCACUCUCCGUGGGCACACUAGUGUCGACAAGCCAGAGCAAGACGUGACCAUUUCCCUCACAGAGCCCGUUGCCCUUACAUUCUCCGUCAAAUAUCUCAUCAACUUUUGCAAGGCCACCAGCUUGACCAGCAAAGUGCGACUCAGUUUGUCGCAAGAUGUGCCAUUGUUGGUGGAGUACAGACUCGAAGCCAGUGGUAGCUUGAGAUACUUCCUUGCACCCAAGAUCGGUGAUGAGGAGUAG